CCGCCUCCUCCCUCUCUCCUCCCUUCCCUCCUUCCUCCCCUCCCUCCGUCCCCUCCCCUCGGCGGUGGAGCCGCCGGGCUCCCUCGCUUCUCUUCACAUGGGGCUCGCCCCGCCGGGAGGACGGCGCUUCUGUCCUGCCGCUAGCUGCUGAGAGGGAGCCGAGGCGGGCAGGAAAAGGAAUGAAGAAAAUGAGCAACAUCUAUGAAUCAGCAGCUAAUACCCUGGGAAUCUUUAACAGCCCAUGCCUGACAAAAGUGGAGCUGCGGGUUGCAUGCAAAGGCAUAUCAGACAGGGAUGCCCUCUCAAAACCAGACCCUUGUGUCAUCCUUAAAAUGCAGUCACAUGGUCAGUGGUUUGAGGUUGACAGGACAGAAGUGAUUCGGACCUGUAUAAAUCCCGUCUUCUCCAAGCUUUUCACGGUGGACUUCUAUUUUGAAGAGGUGCAGCGGCUGCGAUUUGAAGUCCAUGACAUUAGCAGCAAUCACAAUGGGCUGAAGGAAGCAGAUUUUCUUGGUGGCAUGGAAUGCACUCUUGGACAAAUUGUUUCUCAGAGGAAACUCUCCAAGUCCUUACUCAAACAUGGGAACACAGCAGGGAAGUCAUCUAUAACAGUGAUAGCUGAGGAAUUGUCUGGCAAUGACGACUACGUUGAACUUUCAUUCAGUGCACGGAAAUUGGAUGACAAGGAUUUUUUCAGCAAAUCUGAUCCCUUUCUGGAGAUUUUCCGGAUGAAUGAUGAUGCAACCCAACAACUUGUUCACAGGACUGAGGUUGUGAUGAAUAACUUAAAUCCAGCCUGGAAGACCUUUAAAGUGUCUGUAAAUUCUCUGUGCAGCGGAGACCAGGAUCGUAGGCUAAAGUGCAUAGUUUGGGACUGGGAUUCCAAUGGAAAACAUGACUUCAUUGGAGAAUUUAGCUCAACUUUCAAGGAAAUGCGAGGGGCUAUGGAAGGGAGACAGGUACAAUGGGAAUGCAUUAACCCCAAGUACAAAGCAAAGAAGAAGAGUUACAAGAACUCAGGCAUUGUCAUCCUUAACCAGUGCAAGAUCCACAAGAUGCAUUCUUUCUUAGAUUAUAUAAUGGGAGGCUGCCAAAUACAGUUUACAGUAGCUAUAGAUUUCACUGCAUCAAAUGGUGAUCCUAGGAACAGCUGCUCACUGCACUACAUCCACCCCUAUCAACCCAAUGAGUACUUGAAGGCUUUGGUAGCUGUCGGGGAGAUUUGCCAAGACUAUGACAGUGACAAAAUGUUCCCAGCCUUCGGAUUUGGAGCAAGAAUACCCCCAGAAUACAAAGUCUCCCAUGAUUUUGCAAUCAAUUUCAAUGAAGACAACCCAGAAUGUGCAGGAAUACAAGGUGUUGUGGAGGCUUAUCAGAGCUGCCUUCCAAAGCUGCAGCUCUACGGGCCAACAAACAUUGCUCCCAUUAUCCAGAAGGUGGCAAAAUCAGCAUCAGAGGAGACCAACACCAAGGAAGCCUCGACAGAAUGGGAGAAAGUGAGAUUAAGAGAACAAGAGAAAGUGUGUGAGAAAGUAGGUUUGAAACAUCUACAAAUGUAAAGCAGUGCUGUGGGAGUCAGGGAUGUAACAGAUAACUCAAAUACUGCAGCAGAAAAAUGCUCAUGUAUAGGAACAGAACAGAGAUGCACAUUGACAUGCAUCCCAUUACCAGUUUGGAGCUUUCCCUGAGCUUUCCCGUUAAGGCAGGAUUUCCCAAACGUUUCUUUUCAUGACUCUGGGCUCAUGAUUGCCACUUCAUUACAAUUUGCAGUGUAUUGAUACUAUUUAGAAUCAGUCCUACAGUAGUGAAUUGCUGUAUUUGAAUUUCCAUACCCAGCUAAUCUCACGGUGGCUCAUCCUGUUCCCACUGUUGUCUCUGAGCUAUUAUGUAGCAUUUAAUAAAUUGCUUCAUUUUUCUAAACCUAAGCUUCCCCACUUUCUGUUUGCUUGAACAUCAAAUUAACUUGUAGCAUGAUUCUUCAAGAUGAAGUUACCUCUCUGUGUAUUUUGUUUUACUCGUGGCGGGAGGUGAUGAACAGAACUCUGUGUGAGUUUACAUAGCUGUAUAUAAAUAAACUGUAAUGAUGUUUUCUGUUGGUACUGCUUGUGCAGAGUGACCAAAUUCUAUGACCUGUUCAAUUCUCUUAUUAAUGCACAUUUGUUAAAUGGCUCCAGCUGCCUAGCUAUUCAUAAAAGGCCCAUGUGAGAGCUGCUUUUUCCCAUUACCAACUGAAGAUGUAAUAGCCUAUUUGAUCCCAGUCCAGAGAGCCCUGGACUAUUGGGAAAGAAAUGACAAGCACAGAAAAUUGCUUGCUCUCCUUUAGAGAAUGAGUAAACCUAACAGCUGCAUGUAAAGUGUUUGAAAUGGAUAUUUUCCUUUUCUGCACAUGCCCUGCCUCUUCUCAGGGACAUCAUCGCUCUGCAGAAUACAGCAGAUCUGCCGUGGUGGGGUGCUUCUCCCACAGGUACCAUUGGGUCACCCUGCAAUUUGCAGAUGGCUGCACCCAUCCCACUUGCCUGUUAGCAAACCUCCUCUGCAAAGUGCUGUCAUAACAUCCCUGACACCUCUGCUACAAGCUCGUAAUGCUUCAGUACCCCAUUCCUUUCUGCCUCCCACUGGUUCCCAAGGGGAAGAAAAUAAUCAGAAACUGUCAGCAAAAGUGACUGUGCAGCAGAUGGAAAAUAAGGCUGGUGAGGAUAUCAGGACUCUUCCAGACUUCCCAGCCAAAGUCCUACUCUCUCUGCCCUAGCAGCUAGAACACCUCUUUCCUUCACUGUGCAUCCUUUGGCUCCCUCCAGGUCCAGGAACUGAUGUAAACUACAGCCAAGCUGCAGCAGAAGAAAAGUUAGCAACUGAUGAGGUUUGGAUGGGAAAUGCACUUAACAUUUGCGUCAUUAUAAUGGCUCUUUUCUCUUUUAAAAAUCUGUGAUUGACAGUUGUCAGAAAGAAUUUUAUACCAAAAAAAAAAGUCUUUGAAAGAUGAACUAAUGGUUUUUACUUCUUAUC